AUGGAGAAGGAGGACCGCGACUGCUCCCUGAGCGAGUGGGCCGACUGGGGCGCCUGCACCAACCCCUGCGGCGGCCAGCGCACCCGCUCCCGGUCGGUGCUCCUGCCGCCGUCGGGCAAGGGCGCUCCGUGCGAGCAGGGGCUGGCGCUGUCGGCCCUGGAGCCCUGCGAGGAGAGCCAGAGCUGCCUGUCGGCUCCGGACGUGGACUGCCGCUGGGGCUCCUGGGGCGAGUGGGGCGCCUGCUCCGGCUGCGACGGCCAGCGCCAGCGCAGCCGCCACAUCGAGCAGGUCGCCACGGGCCUGGGCCGACCGUGCGAGGCGGCGCAGUCGGAGGACGCGCCCGCGGCGCGGCGUGCGGAGACGGCGAGCCUGUUGAGGUUUCAGAAGCAGUUUGAUAUCCACGCGGCGCGCCUGGAGGAGCACGACGAGAGGUUGGACAAGCACGAUGAGAAGUUGCGAUCCUUGCAGGGGGAGCUCGCCGAGUUCAAGAAGCUGCCCGCGGUUGCGGAGGAGCGGCCCGUGGUCCCCGUUGCCGUCCCUUCUGGCUUCGCUCGCGACCCCGACCAGAAUCUGGUGGUUGCCAUGUCGCAGGUGCCCACGACCCUCGCGGCUGUCAAGAAGUCGUUCGAUGAAUGGUUGCUCUCACUGUCCCUCACCUCGGAUGACUACAAGAUCGAGGCGGCUGGGCCCUCGCCCACCCGUCGCUUCCUCAUCAAAUUUGGCGGGCUGGUUGCCCCUGCGACACGCAAAGUGCAGAUGGUACUCUCAAAGCUUCGUCAGAAUGGAGCCUGGAAAGAGUUCUGGGCUGAUGUGGAUGGCGCGCCCUCGCGCCGUCUCCACCUGGGCCCCGACAAGAGUCCGCAGCAGGUCAAGCAGGAGAUCACGCUGCGCAGGUGCAAGGCUGCCUUGCAGGAGUUGUGCGGCGCGAGUUCCAAGAUCUUCCUGGACCGCGAGAGGGGGAUAUUGUCUCUUGGAUGGGGCGAAGUUCUACGCGUCGAAGUCUUCCAUGGCGAGCCCCCGCCGAAGUCGCGGUGGGUUAUCGAAGGCCCCCAGAAGCAUAACAUCACUAAGGCGCAGGCCAUUGCUGCCACCAAGGCCGCGGGGGAGAAAGCUAGCCUAAAGAAGAACUACCUUGCGCGGCUCUUGCCGCAACGCACGGUCGCGUCGUUGCAGGAGCCCCACCAGGGCGAACUCCAGCUACGCGCGCCCAUGAACCAGAUCUACCCCGAGUCCGCGCUGAUCACGAGCUUCGCGGGCGAAGGGAGGGAGGGCCGCAUCAAGGUACUGAGGGUUGAGAUCCAGAGGGGGGAUGUCGUGCUCACGGUAUUCAACAUUCAUAAUCACGGGUUGCGCUCGUGCGACAUCCGCACGGUGACCGCCUCCAUCAACGCUGCACUCAGGGCCGCCCAGGACGGCCCGAUUCGCAAGCUGGCGGUGGUGAAUGGCGCUUUCAACUUUGCGGCGGACGAGGCGCUAAUUUUGCACGCUCCUUCGGCUGCCAUUCGGCGGUCUCGCCGUCGGCUCCACUACCAGGCUACGAUCUGGAGAAGGACGCUUGCUCGCAUGCUCGAGCUCGAGGGGGGCGAGCCGACGCGCUACACGAAGGACGCGAGUCGGAGUGGUCUUGUCGCGUCCAACGGGGGGCUGCUGACGCUCGCCGCCGCGAGCUCCAGGCUAGACAGGACAAAGAAGGGCUCUGUCGCGACUGACCCAGCCGACCGCGUUGACGCCUUGGGUAAGUAUUGGGGCCUUGCAUUCGCCAAGAAGCCCUUUGACGCACAGGUUUUCCGUAUCAUGCAGCUUGCUGAGUCCUUCGCCAACCUUGUCCUCAAGAUCCCGAAGUGUAAGGUCGCGCCCCUGGCUGGGCGCUUUUCUGUACCGCUGGCGGCCCGCGUGAAGGCUGCGAUCUCGGAGGCUAUCCCGACUUGGGCUGAUUUGGAGGUGACCUCGAAGCUGCUCUACUUGGGUCUCUGGUUGGGCCCUGCGGUUGGCCCUUGCGACUGCGGGGCGGGCCCCGUUGCCAAGCUUCACCUGAGGGCUCAGGCGAUCGGCCGCGGCGCGACACCCCCUAGCGUCUCAGCCAUUCUGUACAACACCCGCGCGGUGGCCACACUCUCUUACGUCGCGCAAUUUGCCUGGCUGCCACCCGAGUUCCUGUCGCUCGAGCUGCCGACGCUGGCGCAGGCCUUCCGCGUGCCGCUUGGCGCCCUCUCGCUGGGCUCCUGGACGCAGCUGGACCUGCGGGGCGGCCCGCGCAUCCCCCGGCGGGGGCAUGUCGCGGUCGCGUCGCUGGCGCGGGCUGCUACACUCACUUUCCUUGAGCACGAGCAGAUCUUGAGCUCGCUGGUCGCCUUCGUCGAGGAGCGCGAUGACUGGCGCGCGCUGUGCGCGUGCCCUGUCCGCUUCUCUCGCCUUUGGCGCCCGUCGCCCGUGACGCUGCUUGGGAAGAGCUUCGUGCGACCGAUGGUCGCCGCCCUCGUCCUCAGCGCGCUGCACAUCGUGCCCUUCGUGAGCUAG